AUGAAUAUCUGUCAAUCAUGUUCAAAUGAGUUCAAUGAUGGAGCGCAAUGUUAUGUUUGUAAAAAACACGACGUAACAAGGUUUCGGAACUUAGGAGCAGAUCGAAGAGCUCAAUGGAAAUGCCUUCAGUGCAAAAAGGUUUCCUUCAGCCCCUCCCGUCCAAGUUCUGAAGCCACUCCUGGUGGCAAUUCUGGUGGGGAGUCGGCGACCUUGGAUGUUAUUCUUAAGGAGAUUCGUGAGAUGAAGAAGCUGGUCACAACAGUUCAGAGUCUUAUCGAAGACAUCAAAUCUAUUAAAGUUGAAUUAAUCCAUCUGAAGGAGUCUUGUGAGUACAACAGCAGUUCAAUUAAAUCUUUUCAAGAUCAAGUCUCCAGUUUGGAACGUGGUGUAUCUCAGAUAGAAAAGAUUCAAAAUUCUCUCGCUGUGACCAACAAGGAAAUAGCUAAUCUUAAAAGUGUUAUUGAGACCAAUGAACAAUGGUCACGGCUUAGUCAUGUUGAGGUAAAGAGCAUGCCCCUAAAGCCCAAUGAAAACCUAUUUGUAAUUGCGGAGUCUAUGGGUAAAGAGUUGGGUAUAAUUCCAAAAAUAAAUCAAUUACAUAUCCCGAGUACCAAUGUUUAA